AUGCGAGCAGGUGAUUCCGCCGGGUGGUGUGCGCGGAUACAUGCAGGUGGCCCAGCUCAGCGAGAACGCGUUGAUGCAAGCUGUAGCGCAACAGCCUGUGGCAGUGGCCAUCGAUGGCGAUUCACUGGUGUUACUUGCACUAGUGGCAUCCUUGGAGGAGAUUGUGGCGCCAAGCUUGACCACGGUGUCCUCCUGAUUGGAUAUGGCAGCAGUGGAGGACAGAAUUACUGGAUCAUCAAGAACUCCUGGGGUGUGCAGUGGGGCGAAAAUGGUUUUGGCAGACUAGCUCGCGGAGUUGGCGGUUCAGGAGAGUGCGGGAUUCUGUCCGAUGCCUCCUAUGCUGUCUUGGACAAGGGCAAGGUGGUGCCCGGCACCUUCGAUCCUGACCCUGGAACCGUGGCGGCACUGCUCUUUGCGCUCCUUUGCGCCUGCUGUGUGGCAGUAUUCAUCUACACGCAGUUCUGCAAGCGCCGGCAGCGCCGCGAUCCACUUCUUUCACAGCCUACGCCGCAGGCUCCAUCUACCCGAGUGAUGCCGAACCCCUGGGCAAUCUGUCUCUCCAAGGCCCAGCAAGCUGUCACACCGAGCGUCCAGCGAGGAGUAAUGACACCGAGUGCGCCAACCCCCAGCGGAUCCAUUGUGGCGCAGCCUGUAGCUGCACAGCCACCGGCAGAUGCACAGGCCCGAACUGGGAAUUCUGCACAGAGCAGGUUGCUGCAGAACAAGUAG